UUAUGACUGUUCUCACCUAUCAUGACUGACGGCGCUCAUAUACAGCAUCAAGGGCCUAAUGGGCGUCAACCUAUUCAGUAACGAACCGCAUUUGAUGUCCAGCGUGAACUCAAACACGCCGCCUUCCCAGCAUGGCCAGAGUUGCACCGAGCACGGUGGACAUACGAUAGGAGAACACAGAUCCCUUGCACAGCCCUGGCUCCCCUCGGCUGCAAAUCAACGUCUAAGCAAAACUUUACGCAGCUGAUCACUCGCCUUCACCGCCUCCGUUGCGACAUGGGCUUGGUCA